AUGCUAUCAGGCCAACUACCAAGCUCUCUUGGUAGUUGCAUGUCAUUAGAGUACCUAUACAUGGGAGGAAACUAUUUUCAAGGCACCAUUCCUGAUUCAUUGUCAUUGAAGGGUCUAGUUGAGUUAAAUUUGUCAAAUAACAAUUUAUCUGGCAAAAUCCCACAAUUUUUACAGAGACUCAAGUUACAAAACCUAGAUUUGUCAAACAAUAACCUUGAAGGUGAAGUACCUAUUGAUGGAGUCUUCGAAAAUGCAAGCAGUGUUUACAGGACUAAGAAACCCACGGCUUAUGAUGAUUCGGAAAAUUUUCCAAAUUUGUCAUACCAAACGCUUCUUAAAGCCACAAAUGGGUUUUCCUCGGAUAAUUUGAUAGGCAGUGGUACCUUUGGUGCUGUAUACAAGGGAGUCCUUGAAGAGCAUGAAUCAACUGUAGCCAUAAAGCUGUUUCAGCUUCAAAAUCACGGUGCUUUCAAGAGUUUCAUAGCUGAAUGUGGAGUUCUUCGAAACAUCAGACACCGGAAUCUUCUCAAAGUUGUAACAGCUUGCUCAAGUGUGGAUUAUCAAGGCAGAGAUUUCAAAGCUUUAAUUUAUGAGUACAUGGCGAAUGGAAGUUUGGAUGAUUGGUUACAUCCUCCAAAUUCAAUCAUUGGGGUUGAGGAAGAUAAUAAUGGCUCAAGGCACUUAAGUCUUCGCCAAAGACUUGAUAUUGCAGUUGAUGCUGCAUUUUCUUUGGAAUAUCUUCAUCACUAUUGUGGUUCCUCCAUUGUUCACUGUGACCUCAAGCCAAGCAAUGUUCUCCUUGAUGAUGAAAUGGUAGCUCAUGUUGGUGACUUUGGCCUAGCCAAGUUUCUCUCAAAAGGCAUCAACGACUCUAAUUCCAAUCAGUCUAGCUCUAUUGGAGAUAGAGGUACUAUCGGUUAUGCUCCUCCAGAGUAUGGUGUGGGAAAUGAAGUGUCCACUAGUGGCGAUGUCUACAGCUUUGGGAUUCUAUUACUGGAAAUGAUUACAGGAAAGAGACCAACUGAUGAUAUGUUUAAAGGGGGGCUAACCUUAUAUCGCUUCGUCAAAGAAGCUUUGCCUAGAGAUGUAGUCGAGAUUCUGGAUCGUGUCCUUCUUGAAGACAUAGACUGUCCAGAUAGCAGCUUACAGUUGGAGGCCCUGACUUCUAUACUCGAAACAGCACUUUCCUGCUCAACAGAGAUCCCAGCAGAAAGGUUAGACAUGAGUGAUGUUGCUGCAAAGCUAUCAUCGAUCAAAAACAAGCUCCUUGGAACUCGUUUACAACAAAGGAGGAGAAUGCAAGCAGGGACACGAGGGUGA